AUCGUGCAUUCGCUUUUAGCAAUGGACUUAUUCGAAAUUUUCAAAAGUAGAAUUCAUACAGAUCAUUUAAAUAAUUCUUCUCUUAUGCAUUUCAGCUCAUACAAUUCAGAACAUUAUUACUUUGAAAAAUUUAUCUGCAGAAAUGUAAUAUAGGAUAAAAUGACAGAUUAUUCAGAAUAUUUUGAACAGUUUAAUAAUGUGAGGGAAAGUUUGAAUGAUACAGUGUGUGUAAUUGCUACUCGAACUGUAGAUAAAAAAAUAGGUUUAAAGAAUGAUGAUAAUAGUGGCUGGUGGUUUCCAUUCAAACAAGCACACCCUGAAAAAACUUGGCUAACUGUCGCUGAAGAAAUUUUGAAGGAAAUUGGUCAUUCGGGUAAAAUUCGUGGAAUAGCUCAUAUGUGUAAUGUCCAAUAUCAUCAAAAGCUGCCUACUGUUAACAGAAUAAUCUACCUUGCAGAAGUUGAACAUCUGGCUGAGAAUGCUUAUGAUUUAGCCUGGUUUUCUGUGUCAGAAAUUCAGAAGGUUGCAAAAAAUGAUCUUAGAAGCUUAGAACCUCUGUUGUUAACAAAAUCUUUGAAACAAACUUAUUUACCAGUAGCUGAAUGUUCUGAACACAAAAUAAUUACCUCGAUUGUCAGCUCUACUCAAGAAACAGAUAAUAGUCCAAAGUCAGGGUAUGAGAGCCUUUUAGAAUCAGCUGCUUUCACCGCAGAAGCUCAAAAGAUGGCCUAUUAUGAUUUUAUGUGCCAUGUUUAUCCAUGUGAGACUAUGAACAUCUUCAUGUUUAAAAAAUAUUUACAGUCUUUUAACUGGUGGAAUGAAGAAAUUGUCUCUAAAAAUAUUAAAGCAUUAUUUAGAGCCUUUGAUUUGAAUUCUAUUGGGCAUUUAUCAUUUAAAGAUGUCUUAAUUGGGCUAGCUGCAAUGAAUCAGAGUACACCUCAUGGAGGCUCACCAGCUGAGAUGAGAUGCCGAUACAUAUUCCGCUAUUAUGAUAGCAAUAAUGAUGGGGCUUUAGAAAACUCUGAAUUCAGAUCUAUGAUUUCUGAUAUAAAUAAUCUGAAAGAUAUUGUAAUGGAUGAUGCCCAAUUGGAUAAAGCAGUUGAAGAACAUGCAAAAACUUUUCAGCUUCAAGGGAAAAUAAAAUUGACUCUUCCAAAUUUUCUUCAGACAGUUGGCCAGUUGAAAUUCAGAGGCACAUCAAGUUUAUUCAGAACUCCAGAAUCAGUAUUAAUGGGGAUUUUUAAUAAAAAUGGUUUUACCAUUCAAGCUAAAAGUGAAACUUCUCAGCCAAAGAAAAGACCUAGAGAAACUUCUCCAGAUAAUAUCCUGGAAAGACUGAAUGGAGCUAUGUUUGAAAAAAAGUAUGAUUUAGCUACUCACUCUGUUAAAGUCAGGCGAUCUGGUACCUUAGUUGGAGUAAAUUCACUUUGGGAUAUGGAAGGCACAGCUGCAUUGAGUAAAACUGUUAAAUUCUCUUCAAAACUAAGAAUUGAAAGAGUUUCAUCAGUGGAUUCCUUUAAUUUGCAAUCUCAGGCCAAUGAAAUGUUGCAAGGACUUUCUUACUUUGAGCACUGCAUAAAAAGAGACCCCACUUCCAAUCGGACACCAAAAGAAGCUUUCAAUUGGGGAAAUACAGACCGUGAAGCAUUGGGGAGAUGUCUUAUAAACCUAUGUCGUACAGUUUAUGAUAUAAUCAGCAAAGAAGACAGGUUACUUCAUGUGAGCUCUCCUGCUUAUGUGUUGGGUGAUAUUCAUGGUAAUUUCUCUGACCUUGUGUGCUUUGAAAAGACUCUUUGGCGCAUGGGACCUCUCUUAACUCCUGCAAGUUUUCUCUUUCUUGGAGAUUAUGUUGAUCGAGGUCAACAUGGAGUAGAAGUCAUUGCCUACCUUUUCUCACAAAAAAUUUUAGCUUCAGAGAAAUUCUUUCUGUUGCGUGGAAAUCAUGAAGUUCGCCAAGUUCAACAGAUGUUUACAUUUUAUAGAGAAUGUUUGUCAAAGUUUGGUGAAAGACUUGGAACUGAAGUAUGGAAUGCCAUAAAUGAUUGUUUUGAUGUUAUGCCUCUGGCUGCAGUAGUAGAUGGAAUGGUGUUUUGUGCCCAUGGAGGAAUCCCACCUCCCUGGUUUGGUGGUGGGUUGAUCAGUGUCAUCAAUGAAAUACCAAAACCUUUACCAGAUCCUGAAAAAGAAAGCCCUUUAGCUUGGGAAUUGAUGUGGAAUGAUCCAAUCAACAUGGACAGUGUCACUACACCAAUCGAUGAUAAACCAGAUUCUAUGGGUUUCUUGCCAAAUAUUAAAAGAGGAACUGCUCAUGUAUUCACAAGUGAAGCUUUGGAAAAUUUUCUUAAAACGAAUGUUUUAUCUCAUGUCAUUCGAGCUCAUGAAGUGCAGCAAGCAGGUUUUAAAGUUCAAUUAAAUGGAAAACUUCUGACAGUUUUUUCAUCUUCAAAAUACUGUGGAGGCUCAAAUGAAGCAGCCUGUAUACUUGCAGACCGUUUAAAACUACGAACAAUUCGACUUGAUACCUCAUGAACAGUUCUUCACUUUGUACAUGUAAGAUUUUUAAUGCCAAUGAAUAUUUUAACCAAGUGUUAAUCCGACAAAUUUUUGAAAUUCAUGAGCUUAUUUAUGUAAGUACAGAUACUGUUUUUAUCUCAUCCUUUGUACAGUAUUAAAUAAAAAAAGAACCAUGUUAGAUUGAAAGAAUCUAUGAUGUAUGCUGGUUUUUAAAAAUAUACUAUAUCUAUAUUGCACAUAUAAAUAGAAAUUAUAUGUUUUUAUCUUUGGAAUAAACUUUUCAAAUUCCUUUGCUUCAUUUGAAAAAUUAUCUAAAUAAUGUACCAAUGUAGCCAAGACUUUUCUUUUCUGUUUCUAAAAGAUUUUGAUUAUUAGCCUUAAAUUUUAUGGGUUCUCUAUCUACAUGAAGAAUAACAUUUUCACCGUAUGCAACAGUGAGGGCAAAUUAUGAAAUAUUUCAAGUCCAAAUAGGAUUUCAAGAAGAGAAAAAGCAUUUUUUUAUUAAAUAAAACUAGAUGAAGUUAUUUUAAUAUACAUGGGCACAAAGAAAUAUUUUCCAAUGUGAAAUAUGUUAUUUGUUUUUGUUACAAAUUUUUGUAACAAAAAUAAAUAUCCUACCUACAUAUAUAUGUAGAUACUAUUCUAUAAGUAGAACCCCAAUCUAAUUGUUACAUAGAAUUGAUGGGAAUUUAUUUCAAACAUCACUAAUGGCUUUCUACUUAUACAUAAUUCCAUAAUCACUCAAAUGAUGUAUGAUGAAUAUCACUAAUCAUAUAAGCCCAAGUUUACAGGCCCUAUUCUAUUUUCAUAAAGCUGCAUCCCUUUUAUUUAGGUAAACCAUAGUGAUGAUAAUUCCUGGUAAGCAUGCCAACUGAUGAUUGAUUGUCAAAUGCUAGGAAAAUACCACAGUCUUGUAAUGUCUUAAUUUCAAGAACUUAAUUUUAAUUGGAAGAGGGCCAAAAUCCAGUAUUUUUUCAUUCAUAGAAUAUGUAUAAAUAUGUCUUGAUGUUUACACAAAGGGCAAUGUUAUGUUAUCUUGAAUAUCAAUUCAACUGAGGUUCAAUAUAUUUAUUUUAUUGUUUUAUAACUCAAGCCAGUUGGUUCUUCUUUAGGGCUGUGACACCCUCUGAAAUUUCUUUUAAUUUUGUUUUGCUUAUUUUACCAAAUUUUUUUUUAAAAAAUCCUCUUAACAACAAUAUAUAUAUAUAUAUAUAAGAAAAUCAAAAAUAUAUGCAUUAUGAAAUUUCAAUUAAAAUUAAAAUUUAUUUAUGAAAGCAAACUAAAAAAAUUAAAGAUUAUUUCCGAAUAAAACUAAAAAUGAUAUAAUUGUAUUUAGAGAGCACUAAUGCUGCUACUAUUAAAACACAGAUGAACUUAACCUAAUAAGUAAAAUUACCAAGUCAAUAUUAGUGAAAAGAAUAAAUAUAGAAUUAAAAAGGAAGAAAUUAAGAAUCCGGCCUGAAGACUUUCUCAAGGGUCACCCUCAGGCACGGAUUCAAACAAGGGAUUUUUUCUGUUAGGGGUCUGACUUUGUCCGACAGUAUUAACCCCUUGUGACCCAAAAAGCCCCUGAAAUUGAGGCCUUAGAGAUAAAUCAUUUUUUACAGAAAUAGAACAACAAAUUAUAAUCUCCAAUUGAAGCAAAAAUUAUAAUAAUAUAAACUAUAAAAGAACACUCAUAGAAACAAAAAGGAAAGAACAUACCAGCAACAGGUAAAAUCUCUACAAAAAAGGCUUUUAUCAUGUUUCCUGCAUCCUUACUGCAUAAAAACGCCACAUCAUUUAAAGCAAUAAACAAUUGGAGGGUCUCAGCGCCAUCUAUUGAGUUAGUUGACAUGUAACCGAAAAUCUAUUUUUAACCCUGCCAAAAGUCCUGUAUGAAGUCAUUUUUUCUCUUGUUAGAACUUCCAUAUUGCAGUUGUUUCUGAGAAAUUCAUUAGUAGUGAAGUUUUUAAUGACAUUAUUUGGUGCUUCAAUAUAAGAAAUUUUGGCAUUACAAACUCUUUUAAUCUUAUUAAAUUGUGAGAAAAUUAAAUUUUUGGAAAUUUUAGUGUUUAGAUUAGAAUGGUAAUUAUUAAGCUUAAUUAUUUUAAAGUUGAAUUCAUCCCUUUUAUCGUAGAUUCUUAAUUUCUUCCUCUUUAAUUCUAUAUUUAUUCUUUUCACUAAUAUUGACUUGGUAUUUGGGUUUUCACCUAGCUCUGAUGGAAUGUACCUGCUUUAAUAUUGUUUUCUUUUGUAUUGUUUUAAUACUGUUUUCUUUUAUUUGAAGUCAUUCAUAAAAAAAAUAUAGUGAUAUUUCUUAAAAUACAAUUUAAAAACUUGCACUAUUCAGAUGUAAAGAUGUUUUUUUUUAUGAAUUGCAUUCUCUUAUGAAACAUGUUUAUGCCAUUAUUUGUUUCUGAAUUUUGCUGGAAUGAAGCCAAUUUUGUUGUUAUAUAGAGAUUUCUAAAAUGGAAAUAUCUUGGCAAAUACUAUAUAGGUUUAUUUAAGCAUUAGUAUUAUGCAGAGUGCUGAAUCAUGCAUUAUACUUACAGAAAGAAUGUAGAAAAGCAUGCUGAAUCUAACAUAUAUUAAAUGUUAUAGUAUUAAAUAACAUACUAGUAAUUUGUUAGGAAAAUUUUUUAAAUGCUUCAACAGUAAAGUUAAAGUGCGAGUUAUUGUUUCAUAAUUAUAUUUAUUGAUAUCAUUUAUUUAAUAAAUUUAUUAUUUUAGAUAUACAAUGAAAAUAGCAUUUUUAUGUGUAUUGUUAUUAAAGCAGAUUUAUAAUUGUUAAAUAUUAUUUUUCACACAAUUUAUUUUAAAUGUGUCAUUUAAUAUUUUUAUUAAAUCAUUUCUUGUUUUAAAUCUUUUUGUGUAAUUGUAAAUUUUAUUUUUCUCUAAACACACGAAUUACCUCAUAUCCCUUUACUGAUUAUAAUUGUGUUUAAUAAUGUGAUGUGACAAUUAUAAUGUUUUGGUUUGUGUAUGUGCCACUUACUUCUGAAUGUGUGAUUAACUGUGUUAAAAUUGAAAUCUUUUAUAGAAAUUAAAAUAGUGAAAAUUUGUAGAUUUACUCUUAAAUUAAUCAGUAAGGCAAGGAAGGCACUGUGCAAGUUAAAAUAUGCUUAAGUAUAGGAAAGAUGAUCAAAAUGAUUGUGUACUUGAAAGGGGGGGGGGAAUUAGAUUGUGUUGUCUUAUAAUGUUCCAUUCUUCUGUGAUUCCACUUUUGCAGUAUAUUUGUUUUGUAUAUGUUUAUUUCCAUCUGUUAGUUCCAUUAUAUGUCUCAUUAAACCAUCUUACACUGCCACAUGUUAUCAUUUCAUACAACAUAGGAAUUUCAUUUUGAUAAUUGUUUUUAAAGUGCUUAAUAACAGUUCUAUUGGCUGUACUUUGAUGAUCAUUGAUAUUUCCAGGAAAUUAAUAUUUGAUCUAGUAGGUAAAUAUUCAUGAAUAUUUAUCAAUUUUAUCUAUCUCCCAUCCUAAAAAAAUUUUGAAAGAAAUGUGUAAAUAUGUUUAUAUAUAAAAUAAAAAAGUGCAAAUGCUUAAUGAAAUUAAAUCCUUUGAAGAAAGUGAUAUAUUGGGAGUUAGAAUUAAAAUAACUAUUCCGAGCACUGUAAACAAAAUAAGAAAAAUAAUUGCUCCUAAAAAUGCUAAAUUAUCACUGCAUGCAUUUCAGAACCUUGAGAAAUGAAUGAUAAAAAAAAAAAAUUCCAAAAAUGAGUGUUAGUAAAGAAAUAUCUACCUCCCAUCCUAAAAAAAUUUAAUUGAAUAAUUCAGUUAUUGCCAUGAUGGUUAUUUAUUAAUUACACACUAUUAAGAGAAUCCAAUAAAUCAUAAAAAUGAUAAUGGUCUCGGCCCUUCCUCCCAAGUAGUAAUAAUUUAUCAUUACAUAUAAAAUAAAGAUUUCUAAGAUUAAAAAAAAUCGAUUUUAUUGAAUGUUUCAUUUUCUAUUAUCUAUGCUGUAGUUUUAUCUAAUGUUAGUUCUAACAUCUUUGUAUUAUUAUUUUCUAUUUUUGAUACUCACAAACAGGGACUAGACAAUAUUCAUUUCAAAUAGUAAACAUUAAAAUUUUUAUUAAUUUGUAUUUUAUUCAUUUAUAGUUAAUCUAGUUCUGAAAUAAGAUAUUACAAAAAUCCACGCACAUCACAGCUACAAAGAAAACAAAACUAUGAUCUGUAAUAGCUAUCAAAACUAUUUUUUAUUGAGAAAUCAACCAUUAACUGUCUUUGAAUUCUGUAAAAUUUUAUCUUUUGAGUCAAUUGAAGAUGAGGAAGUACUAUUUUUCUAUUAUAUUAUAAAUAUUUUCAUGUGAUAAAUGUACAUUAAAAAUUAAUAAUAUACUCAUUGCCUAAUAUUCUGUUCUUCAAGACAAUAUUUUAAUAUCAGGUGUUAGGAAUUAUUUUCAUAAAUUUUAUUGACUUUUUGGCAAAAAGUAGCUUUUAAAAAUAAAAUAUUACAUUGAAAAUUUAUUAUCUAACUUUCUAGUUGUUUUAUACAAUAAAAAUAUAUUAGAUUCCAGUUAAUAAACAAAGUGUGUUAUAAAGUUUAGUUUUGGAAUUGGUUUCAGUUGGUCCAGAAAAACACUUGUGUAUUAAACUGCAUCCCAGCGAUUAAACACUAUAAUAUAUAUCACUAAAGAUUAAACAUUUAUAAUCUCUUUUAUAACCAUUGUCUACUACCAAUUUCAGGCAGGAGAAAAAUACUGCCUACAAAGAUGAUUGUCUUGCCCUUGGAUACUGACUUGAAAAAUAUCAGUUAGAUGCAACAACAUUUUUAUAGUCAGUAUUGCAAAUCUUGAAUAGGUCAAACUCUAGUCAUACAUUAUUAUUUAAAUGUAACAGAAUUUGUAAUCCAUACAAAAUAAAUUACUAUCACAAUUAUUUAUCUUGUAUUGGUUUUAUUUUCUGUUUAUUUCAUGUAAAUAAAUUGACUUUUCAGGCAGACAAUAAAACAAAGGAAUGGUAUUAAUAGAAUGAGAGAGCAGAAUGUUCUUUCCUUUAAAAUAAGAUUAUGCAAUUUCAGAGCAUCACUGAACCAUGAAUAGUACAAUUUUUAUUCGCUUUUAUUUUCGAUAUGUUUCCGGUUUGUAGAGACAAAAUUUUGCAAUACAUUUUAUAUUCAUUUCUUGAUGUAAUAAACUUCUGAAAUGCUAUAUAGUUACAUGUUCCUAAUUACAAUGCAAUAUUUUAAUAUUUUCUGAGCAUCAUGUGAUUACUCAUUAUUAAGUUUUGAUUCUAUAUAAAGAGUGCCAUUUGUUAAUGAAAUUAUGAAAAAUUGAUUAUAAGAUUCCAUAAUUAUAAUAAUCAAUUAUGAUAUAUAUUUCAGAAAUACAUUUUUAUUAAUGUAUUAAAAAGAAGACAGUCAUUUUUCUUAUCAAACAUUUGUAUGUCAUAAUGAAAGACAAAAAAAUUGUAUUAUGCUGAAAUCAAGCUUCAAUGAAUGGUCAUGAAGAAAAGUCCUAAAUAUUCAUUAAGAAUUAAAAUUUAGUAUGAAUGUGAUUAAAAUUUCAAUUUCCUUAAGAGUAUUUCUAUCAGUGCUUCACAAAUUAGCAUUUUUCUUUUGAAAUACUGAUUUUUAUUUAAAAAUAAUAAUUUUCUCAAUUUUGUAUACUAAUAAAAAUGUGAUUUAACAUUUUUUUUUAACUUUUGCUGUCCAUUUUAUAGUAACAAUGUUGUAUAAAAAGGAAGAUUUUACAUCAGAUUGUGUUUAAAGCACUGUUUCAUGAAUUAUCUAAACUAUGAAACUAUUGGAUGAAUAGUUUCGAACUAUCUGCUAGAUACUGAUGAAAAAAAGACAUUUGAUGAAUUUUAUAUACCACUGACAUGUCUUUGGAAGAUUAAUGUCGAUCAAAAAAUGUUAUGUGCUGUAUAUAUUUCCCCAUUGUUGAUGUAAGUGACUCUUAUCUUGCAUUAUACAUUGCCAUAAUAACUUUUAUUUAAAUGUACUUUAAACUUUUAUUUUGUCUUUUCCAGAUUUUAAUAUGAAAUGUUGAAUGAAAAUGUAUAUUUCUGUUAUUAUAU